AAAGAACAAAUGGUCCUCUUGGAGCCUGUCUGGACCUGAGUGCACUAACCAAUAAAUACAAGAGGGAGUGACCCAGACUGCUAUCCCACGUGCCAGGUAUAAAUACACUUCGUCUAGACUUCAGACGAGUCUUCGCACCAAUCACUUCAGGAGGGGCAGCAGACACCAUGGAUGAUCAUGGCACCUAAGAAAGUAUGCAUCAUUGGCUCUGGCAACUGGGGCUCUGCCAUUGCCAAGAUUGUGGGCACCAAUGUAGGAAAACUUGACAUAUUCGACACGACAGUGAACAUGUGGGUGUUUGAGGAGACGGUGAACGGACGUAAACUCACAGAGAUCAUCAAUACAGACCAUGAGAAUGUCAAGUACCUGCCUGGACACAAGCUUCCCCCCAACAUUGUGGCUGUUCCAGAGGUGACGGAUGCUGCGAAGGGAGCAGACAUCCUGAUCUUCGUUAUUCCACACCAGUUCAUCAACAGAAUCUGUGACACCGUCAAAGAACACAUCAAGAAGGAUGCUGUGGGCAUGUCUCUUAUCAAGGGUGUAGAUGAGGAUCCCAAGGCGUUGAUACUAAUCUCUGAUGUCAUCAGAGAGAAGCUGGGCAUCACCAUGACAGUACUGAUGGGGACCAACGAAGCCAACGAAGUCGCGGAGGAGAAAUUCUGCCAGACCACAAUCGGGUGUAAGAACAAGGACUGGGGACUGAUGCAGACCACUGACUUUAGAGUCACUGUGGUGGUGGAGGCUGAUGUCGUUGAGAUCUGUGGAGCUCUCAAGAACAUAGUGGCGGUGGGAGCAGGGUUCUGUGACGUCCUGGGCUUCGGUGAUAACACCAAGGCAGCGGUGAUCAGACUGGGACUGAUGGAGAGGAUUGCCUUCGCCCGGAUAUUCUGCACCGCCGGACCCGUCUCCCCCGUGACAUUCCUGGAGAGCUGUGGCGUCGCCGACCUCAUCACCACCUGCUAUGGUGGACGCAACCGCAAGAUCGCAGAGGCCUUCGCCAAAACAGGAAAGGUUCCCCUUGUUCAACGCUGUCAACCAGAUCUGUUUCCAUGGACACCCCGUCAAAGAGUUCAUCAGAUGUUUACAGAACCACCCUGAACACAUGUAACUGACUGAAGGAUGCUGGGAUGCUUUAGAUGAUGGAAUCAGCCGAAGGAAGGAAGGAAGGAAGGAAGGAAGGAAGGAAGGAAGGAGAUAUGAGGAGCUGUUUGGAUGAUUGCAUCUAACUCAUCUCUGUUGAAAAUGAAUCCUAAGAACAGGGAGAGGAAAACAUCUGUCAAACCUCCUUCCUGGGCUGCUGUAAUAAAACAUACCUCCUUCCUGGGCUGCUGUAAUAAAACGUACCUCCUUCCUGGGCUGCUGUAAUAAAACGUACCUCCUUCCUGGGCUGCUGUAAUAAAACGUACCUCCUUCCUGGGCUGCUGUAAUAAAACAUACCUCCUUCCUGGGCUGCUGUAAUAAAACGUACCUCCUUCCUGGGCUGCUGUAAUAAAACGUACCUCCUUCCUGGGCUGCUGUAAUAAAACGUACCUCCUUCCUGGGCUGCUGUAAUAAAACGUACCUCCUUCCUGGGCUGCUGUAAUAAAACGUACCUCCUUCCUGGGCUGCUGUAAUAAAACGUACCUCCUUCCUGGGCUGCUGUAAUAAAACAUACCUCCUUCCUGGGCUGCUGUAAUAAAACAUACCUCCUUCCUGGGCUGCUGUAAUAAAACGUACCUCCUUCCUGGGCUGCUGUAAUAAAACGUACCUCCUUCCUGGGCUGCUGUAAUAAAACAUACCUCCUUCCUGGGCUGCUGUAAUAAAACGUACCUCCUUCCUGGGCUGCUGUAAUAAAACAUACCUCCUUCCUGGGCUGCUGUAAUAAAACGUACCUCCUUCCUGGGCUGCUGUAAUAAAACGUACCUCCUUCCUGGGCUGCUGUAAUAAAACGUACCUCCUUCCUGGGCUGCUGUAAUAAAACAUACCUCCUUCCUGGGCUGCUGUAAUAAAACAUACCUCCUUCCUGGGCUGCUGUAAUAAAACAUACCUCCUUCCUGGGCUGCUGUAAUAAAACAUACCUCCUUCCUGGGCUGCUGUAAUAAAACAUACCUCCUUCCUGGGCUGCUGUAAUAAAACAUACCUCCUUCCUGGGCUGCUGUAAUAAAACGUACCUCCUUCCUGGGCUGCUGUAAUAAAACGUACCUCCUUCCUGGGCUGCUGUAAUAAAACAUACCUCCUUCCUGGGCUGCUGUAAUAAAACAUACCUCCUUCCUGGGCUGCUGUAAUAAAACAUACCUCCUUCCUGGGCUGCUGUAAUAAAACAUACCUCCUUCCUGGGCUGCUGUAAUAAAACGUACCUCCUUCCUGGGCUGCUGUAAUAAAACAUACCUCCUUCCUGGGCUGCUGUAAUAACUAAUAACCCCCUGUUCUGUUCCAACUGAUUCUUCAUGUAUUAUUGAUGACUUUGUCACUAGGCAUCAUUUCAGUAAUGUGUCAGUACUGUGUAGAAAUGGUCAGAAAGACAUUUUGUUUAGAACACCCAUAUCCCUUAGUCUUUAACAGGUGAAUGUUUUUCUGGGAGGCGAAGUGGAUGGAUGUGCUUUGGAAGUAAAACUUCAAAUAGUCUUAAAGAGUUUCCAUUGUCAACAUGAGAAUGGCAGCUCUCUUGUGGAAGUUGCAUUUUACAUAGUCUGGCAAUCCCACACAAAAACACAUGAAAGAAAUGCCUUGACACGCCUUUUUACACAGUCACUGGUUAAUAUUAGUCUUACUAACAGUUUCUGUUAACUUAUGUUUCAACAAAGGACUUGAAUAAACAACCGUUAUUGACUGCUUA